GGGGCGGCGCUCCCCGCCGGGCUCUCGCGGUGCGGGCGCGGAAUGGCCGCCGCCGUGUAGCGGGAGCGCCGCCGCCAUGGGCCGCGAGUCCAGGCAUUACCGGAAGCGCUCUGCGUCCCGGGGCCGCUCCGGGAGCCGCUCCAGGAGCCGCUCCCCGUCGGACAAGAGGAAACGCGAGGACAGGCGCUCCAGGAGCCGCGAGCGGGACCGCAGGCGGGACAGGUCGCGCAGCAGGGACAAGAGAAGGUCACGCUCGAGGGACAGGAAGCGUCAAAGACGUUCAAGGAGUAGAGAAAGGGAACGGAGCCGAGAGAGGAGACGGUCCCGGAGCCGAGAGAGGAGGCGCUCACGGAGCAGGAGUAGAGGGAGACGCUCUCGAUCCUCCAGUCCAAGCAAGAACAGGAAAACAGAAAACAGAUCAAGAUCUAAAGAAAAGACAGAUGGUGUGGACAUUUCCAAAGAAAAGAAAAAGGACAAAGAUGACAAAGAGGAAGAGAAAGACAAAGAUGCUACCACAAAUGCUGUGGCCACUGAGAAUUUUGAUCAGAAUAAACUAGAGGAAGAAAUGAGAAAACGAAAAGAAAGAGUGGAGAAAUGGAGGGAAGAACAACGCAAGAAGGCAAUGGAAAACAUAGGAGAGCUAAAAAAAGAAAUUGAAGAGAUGAAACAGGGGAAAAAAUGGAGUUUAGAAGAUGAUGAUGAUGAUGAAGAGGAAACUGCAGAAGGAGAAAAAGAAGGCAAUGAGGUUGAAGAUGAGGAGUUAGAUCCUUUAGAUGCUUAUAUGGAAGAAGUAAAAGAAGAGGUCAAGAAGUUCAAUAUGAGAAGUGUGAAAGGUGGAGGUGGGAGUGAAAAGAAAACUGGACCAACUGUUACCAAGGUGGUAACUGUGGUGACAACCAAAAAGGCAUCUGCUGAGUCAGAAAAGAAGAAAGGGGAACUCAUGGAGAAUGACCAAGAUGCAAUGGAGUAUUCCUCAGAAGAGGAGGAAGUUGACCUUCAGACUGCCCUGACUGGCUAUCAGACCAAGCAGAGAAAGCUGCUAGAACCAGUGGAUCAUGGAAAGAUAGAAUAUGAACCUUUCAGGAAAAACUUCUAUGUUGAAGUUCCAGAACUAGCUAAAAUGACUCAAGAAGAGGUCAAUGUGUACAGGCUGGAGCUGGAGGGAAUUACAGUCAAGGGAAAAGGCUGUCCCAAACCAAUAAAAACCUGGGUACAAUGUGGUAUUUCCAUGAAGAUUCUCACUGCCCUCAAAAAACAUGGCUAUGAAAAGCCCACUCCAAUUCAAACCCAGGCUAUCCCAGCAAUUAUGAACGGACGGGAUUUGAUUGGCAUUGCUAAAACAGGAAGUGGAAAAACUAUUGCAUUUCUGUUGCCUAUGUUCAGACACAUUAUGGAUCAGAGAGCAUUAGAAGAAGGAGAAGGUCCCAUAGCUGUCAUUAUGACACCUACACGUGAGUUGGCUUUGCAGAUAACCAAGGAGUGCAAGAAAUUCUCAAAGACACUUGGGCUUCGAGUUGUCUGUGUUUAUGGAGGAACAGGAAUCAGUGAACAGAUAGCUGAACUCAAAAGAGGUGCUGAAAUUAUUGUUUGCACACCUGGACGUAUGAUUGACAUGUUAGCAGCUAACAAUGGUCGGGUGACAAACCUCCGUAGAGUCACGUACGUUGUACUUGAUGAAGCUGACAGAAUGUUUGACAUGGGGUUUGAGCCUCAGGUCAUGCGCAUUGUAGACAACGUCAGGCCUGACCGUCAGACUGUCAUGUUCUCUGCUACUUUCCCCAGAGCUAUGGAGGCCCUGGCUCGCAGGAUCCUCAGCAAACCCAUAGAGGUGCAGGUUGGAGGCAGAAGUGUUGUCUGUUCUGAUGUGGAGCAGCACGUGAUUGUCAUAGAAGAGGAGAAUAAAUUUCUGAAGUUGCUGGAGCUACUGGGACAUUAUCAGGAGAAAGGAUCUGUUAUCAUAUUUGUAGAUAAGCAAGAACACGCUGAUGGAUUGUUGAAAGAUUUAAUGAGGGCCUCUUAUCCUUGCUUGUCUCUCCAUGGAGGUAUUGAUCAGUAUGACAGAGACAGCAUCAUUAAUGACUUCAAGAAUGGAACCUGCAAACUUCUGGUGGCCACGUCUGUAGCAGCAAGGGGCUUGGAUGUGAAGCAGCUGAUGCUGGUGGUCAAUUACAGCUGUCCCAACCACUAUGAGGAUUAUGUGCACCGAGCCGGCCGCACUGGGAGAGCUGGCAAUAAAGGGUAUGCAUAUACAUUCAUUACUGAGGAUCAGGCACGUUAUGCUGGUGAUAUCAUUAAGGCUUUGGAAUUGUCUGGGAAUCCAAUUCCUCCUGAUUUGGAGAAGCUCUGGGCUGACUUCAAAGACCAACAGAAGGCUGAGGGAAAGUUGAUUAAAAAAAGCAGUGGAUUCUCUGGCAAAGGUUUUAAAUUCGAUGAAACAGAACAGGCUUUGGCUAAUGAAAGAAAGAAGCUACAAAAAGCAGCUCUUGGCUUGCAAGAUUCAGAUGAUGAAGAUACAGCUGUUGAUAUUGAUGAACAAAUUGAAAGCAUGUUCAAUUCAAAGAAAAGAGUAAAAGACAUGGCAGCACCAGGAACAUCAAAUGCUCCUACACCAUCAGCUGGAAAUGCAGAAAAAUUGGAAAUUGCUAAAAGAUUGGCUUUGAGAAUCAAUGCCCAGAAGAAUCUUGGAGCAGAGGCACAAGUCAUGGUUCCCUUCCACUUUAAGGAUGUGAUGCAGCAGGCUACAAAUGCUAUCCUGAGAGGAGGCACUAUUCAAGCUCCUACUGUGUCUGCCAAGACCAUUGCAGAGCAACUGGCUGAAAAAAUCAAUGCCAAGCUCAAUUAUGUACCCAUAGAGAAGCAGGAGGAAGAGAAACAGGAUGGAGGACAGAAUGAAUCCUUCAAGAGAUAUGAAGAAGAAUUAGAGAUCAAUGACUUCCCACAGACUGCCAGAUGGAAAGUUACCUCCAAAGAAGCACUGCAGAGAAUCAGUGAAUAUUCUGAAGCUGCCAUUACAAUCAGGGGAACUUACUUUCCUCCAGGCAAAGAACCCAAGGAAGGAGAACGAAAGAUUUAUUUGGCUAUAGAAAGUGCCAAUGAACUUGCUGUACAGAAAGCAAAGGCAGAAAUCACACGACUUAUAAAAGAGGAGCUCAUCAGAUUGCAAAAUUCUUACCAACCAACCAACAAAGGAAGAUACAAGGUUCUAUGAGCAUUUGGAGUUAUUUGUUUGCUCACAGCUGGUGCGUGAAACUUUGUGGCUUCUGUUGUUUUUGCUGUUUACACUGCUUAUUGUAAAUUAAGAAAAUUUUUUAUUUCAUCUUGCGGACAUUUUUUUAACAGAAAAUUGAUACUUGCUGAAGCAUCUUAAUUCUCUCCACUAAAGUUAUCAGUCUUAAAGCCAGACCAGUUUUGGUGGAACAUGAUUUAAUUUGAAAGUGCAGUUUAUACACUUUUCAUCAUAAAGAAUAUGAAAUAAACUGACUUUUUUUUUGA